GCGUGUUUCCCAGGCCCAGAAUAGUAUAUAAGUUUAUGAACCUUGUGCCCUGUAUGCCUCUCGUCUACUCUCCUCCGCAAUGACUGCUAUAACAAAGGUAUUGAUUGCUAACCGCGGCGAGAUCGCUUGCCGUGUUAUCACCACAUGCCACCGUAUGGGCAUUUCAACUGUCGCCGUCUUUUCGGACAGCGAUGCCAAUGCCCGUUUCGUCAAAAUGGCAGACCAGGCUUGCCAUUUAGGUGGUUCUCUUGCUUCCGAGUCUUAUUUAAGAGGAGACAAGAUCAUCGAGAUUGCCAAGUUGACUGGAGCGAACGCUAUUCAUCCUGGAUACGGCUUUUUGUCUGAAAAUGCAGAAUUCGCUGAGCAGGUUGCUAAAGCUGGCAUCAUCUUUAUCGGUCCAACACCUGAAUCCAUUCGUAUUCUUGGAGACAAGAUCAGCGCAAAGAGAUUUCUGACAGAGCAUGCUCCAAAGGUGCCUGUCAUUCCUGGAUACAACGGUGACGACCAAUCGUUGGACACUUUGACGAAAGCUGCAUUGGGCAUAGAAUUCCCUGUGCUAUUGAAGGCUUCUGCUGGAGGUGGUGGCAAAGGCAUGAGAACUGUUUACAAUGCUGACAAUUUGAAGAGCGAGAUUGAGGCUGCUAAAGGUGAAUCCCUUCGUGCGUUUGGCUCUGAGCAACUUCUGAUCGAAAAGUACUUUACAAGCGUCAGACACGUUGAGGUUCAGAUUUUUGGUGAUCAGUACGGCAACAUAUACCAUAUUAAUGAGCGUGAUUGCUCUAUACAGCGACGGCAUCAAAAAAUCGUUGAGGAAACUCCCUGCCCAGAAAUGUCAGAGGAACUCAGAUAUUCUAUGACAGCAGCCGCUUUAGAAAUCGGAAGAAAGCUAGGAUAUGUUGGAGCCGGUACCGUAGAAUUUAUCUUGGAUGCAAAAACUCAAAAGUUCUACUUUUUGGAAGUCAAUACCCGUUUGCAAGUAGAGCAUGCUAUCACAGAAGCCAUUUCUGGAUUGGAUCUUGUCGAACUUCAAAUCUUGGUGGCUCAAGGUGAGAACCUGCGCAAGGUUCCUUCCAUCAACCAACUUUCAUUCCAGGGCCACGCUAUCGAGUGCAGAAUAUGCGCUGAAGAUCCCGGCAACGACUUCUCUCCUGUCACUGGAAAGAUCCUCAAGUGGAGACAAAUUGAUUUUACGAGACAACUUGCUGGUGUCAGAUACGAUACUGGUAUUGAAGAUGGUUCUGAGAUUUCCAUCUACUAUGACUCUAUGAUCGCCAAGCUGAUUGUCCAUGCUCCUACUCGAAAGCAGGCCAUCACCACUAUGGCACUUGUGCUUUCCCAGACUGUUAUUUUGGGUAUUGUAACCAACCAGAAGUUCCUUCUGAACGUGAUGCGAAAUCCUCGCUUCCAAUCCGGCGUGUACGAUACUGGGUUUAUUGGAGCUGAAAUUGACAAUCUCAAGCCAGCACUGUCAGAUGUUGAAGAGAGCCGACUCGCUAUUGUAGGAUUUAUGUUUGACUGGGCUAUGCGAAACGCCCAACGACAAGCGCUGCGUAACAUAUCUUCUGGAUGGAAAAACAACAGCGUCAAGAAGAACAUUCAAAAACUCAUAGUUGAAGACUGUGACGUGCUGGAACUUGAGUAUGAGCAUCAUCACCAUGGAGCGAGUGAGCCCCAAUUUGUGUUUGGAUUUACUAAGGGUGAAAAGAAGCAAGAAACAAAUAGAAAGGCUGUUUUGAACGAACUCAAGUUGAACCAAGCUCAAAUGCAACUCCCUGGUCAACAUCUUGUUACCGGUCUGCUUGUUUGCACCAUUGAUGGAUUGAGAGAACAGUACUAUGUUGCUGACUCUCCGUCUGGGAUCAACGAUCGAAUCAUGUAUGUGCACACUGCCAGCUAUGGUAGUCAAGUCAGGGUUGUCAAGCAAGACAGACUCAAGAGUACAAGUCAAGAGGAUGAAGCAGAUAAUUUAUCCGCGUACACAUCACCUAUGCCUUGUCGUAUUCUAAAGAUUCUUGCCCCAACCGGUACCAAGGUGAAGAAGAACGAUCCUAUCUUAACGGUUGAGUCGAUGAAGACGGAGGUAAAGCUGAUCAGUCGACAUGAUGGUGUGGUCACUGUCAAGGUUGAAGAAGGUCAGAUGGUGGAUGCUCGUGUUUUGCUUUGUCAAGUAGAAUAGAGUUUAGUAGGGUGGCUGGCCCUGCCCUUCAAAGAGCUUCUUUUGGCCGAGAGCCCAAAUAUAGCAGAAUAGUUAUUACGAUUUUCAAUAAAUUCGUUUCGUCCUAGGAACCAUGAAGUGACGUUAUUUAAGCCAACAA